GAAACUUGGUGUCCAGGGGAGGCCCCCGGCGACUGGAGCGCGGCGGAGGCAGGCGCAGAGGCCGAGGCAGAGGAGGCGAGGGGCGGCCCGACGCGGGGAGGGAGCGAGGCGAGCGGUCAUGUGCCCGUGCCCCCUGCACCGCGGCCGCGGCCCGCCGGCGGUGUGCGCCUGCAGCGCGGGCCGCCUGGGUCUGCGCUCGUCCGCCGCGCAGCUCACGGCCGCCCGGCUCAAGGCGCUCGGCGACGAGCUGCACCAGCGCACCAUGUGGCGGCGCCGCGCGCGGAGCCGGAGGGCGCCGGCGCCCAGCGCGCUCCCCACCUACUGGCCCUGGCUGUGCGCGGCCGCGCAGGUGGCGGCGCUGGCGGCCUGGCUGCUCGGCAGGCGGAACUUGUAGGAACGCGGGGCUUCUUGGUGGGGCCGAAGCCGAGACCCAGCCGGAGCGAGCAACAGGUUGGUGAAAACCCUGUGUCCUUGGAGAAAGCCGGUUCCCAUUUUCCUGAGGGGGGAGCCCAGAGCUUGAAAGGCCGCAGUUGGCACUUCGAGAAGGAAGUGGAGAAUAAAGACGGCGCCAGGGGCAAUAGUAGCAACGCGGAAUGGGACUGGGGAAGCCCUCUUUGAUAUCCAGCUGCAGAAACAGACACCCCAACGCUAUUUACAUACAGCUCUAUAUAUAUAGAAAAAGAAAAUAUGAAUAUUACUCUUCAGUGCAUGCCUUGUCGAGGACGUGGUCCCCUCCCUUUUCUGCACCUUCCGAUGUGAACUUUGAUGCUCUUUCAUGUCUGGGGCACUGGAAGAGAGAUGCUUACUGUGUACCUAGAAAUUUUGCAAAGACCGGUGGGAAUUAGCCUCAGAGGCGACCAACUGCCUGGGAGGGAAUGCCGGUGGAGGAGGAGGUGAAAGUGCAAAAAGCAAAAUAGAAAAAAAAAAGUGAGGACUCAGGGCCAAUUUUGUAGGGGCAGUCUGGGAUACCUCCAUUUCUAAGUCUUGACAAGUCCUAGCCUCUCUCUCUCUGCCUACCUAGAUAGAUGGCUAGUCCCACUGUCAUCAAGACAAAUGGCAUAUUUUCCCCCCUACCAAUCUGGUGUCUCUGGUGCUUUGCUUAAAUUUUGCUGGUGCUAAGUGUGUUCUUGCUGGUGCUGUCAUGGUAUGCUGUUGCCAGACCUGCAAGGCCAGGGGACGAGAGAGGUUUCUAUUUUGCUGUUUCAGAUUCUUAUUUUAAAGGAAUCAGUCACAAAAGUGCCACUUGAGAGUCUUUUCUCUUUCUCUACGUGGGGAUGAAUACACGGAGGUGUUUUGGAGUAAACCUUGGGCUCUGGGAGGGAGGAAGCGGGGGUGAUGGCACUGAGUGGCUUGCUGGUUACGGGGGUGGAAAACUGACCUCACGUGUGACUUGUUUGCUGCCUCCUCCGCCCGCAAGUACCCUUCGAGUUCAGACCACAGCCUCCCCGACUCCACAAGGGGGUUUCAGGGCUUAGGUUUUAUGGAUUGAAGAGCCAAGAAAUGGCUACCUUCUGGUCAAGGGUGAUUUAUAAGCCAGGGACGUUGGGGGAGGGAGAGGGUCAUUUCAAUGAAAUGCACCAGCAUCUCACUUUCUGAGGGUCUGAUUUUUUUUCCCCCCCCAGGAUAAGCUACUAUUUUCAGAAGUUUCUAGAAGGGCUAAAAAAAGAUGUGUGCUGGACUGAGACUUGGCUGCAAAGACUCUUCAGGGAGUGAUGAUUAUUUUUUGCUUUCAUUAAAAAAAUAUCCAACAACAACAGGUAUUAUUCCUCUGUGCAGGGCUCACACUGCCGUUUUCAAAGCUGAGAUGGUGAGGCACGAGGCUGCAGGUUCAGACAGUCAUUCUACAAGGCUGGAUUUGCAGGUCACCACGCGGUACCUGUGGAGAGGGGGUCUGCUGGUCUGGUCUGCAGACACUCUUCCAGUUCUAAGAAACCAGCAGAGGGACCAGCCGUUUUCAGGUUGACAUGGGUCUGAAACGCAAUUCUUUCCCACGGGCGUUGCUGAAAAUUACCAGGUCCUUUAGAAUGCAGGAGCUUUCAGGGCUGCUGCAAGCUGAGAGCUGUCUCUUUGUUUAAAAAGAAAAAAAAAAAAAUCCAUGCCUUAUGUUUUCCUAAAUAGCCCUUUAAAGAAAAAUGCAACCCAGAACUGCUGAAUGUGAGGGCAGCUUCCCACCCACCCCCUCCCCCCGGCCGCCCCCUGACAGCUUGGAACUCGGCAAAGCCAAAAGGAAAGCUUGUUUAUAGAGAAUUUGUUUCCCUUCAUGGCUGGAGCCCUUCCUGCAGUUAUGUUUACAGGGGAUGAGUGUGUAGGCAAGGUCGUCAGGGAGCAGCAGGUGACAUCCCUGCCAAGCCGUGAACUCAGAGAAGGCAAAUUCAUUAGAAUGAUACGAAAUACAGUCUCUGCUUUUGUUUAGUCACUUUCCUAGCCAGACGCUAGACUUUCCAGCUGACCCCAUUUUCGGGGGAGGGGGUUUUCAUUACUGUAGUUGUACGCGAUCAUAGCUCUCUGCUGCUUUUAAGGCUGCACCUUCAAGACCACAGUGGGGAUGUGCUGACCACCUAGACACAGGUUAAAGGUCAGAGGAUCCUUUUUUCAACCCUGACUAGCUUAUGACAUUCCUGCUGGAGGAUCCAAACUCCAAAUGCUGGGGUUUCAGGCAAUUUUGAUUUCAAUGAAGCCACAUCGCUUGAGAGAACUGGGCACCCAGGACCCUCCUCGUGGAGCUUUACAGCCAAGUCCCUUGUACAUAUUCUCUUAUAUUAUUAGAAACUGUGUAUUUAUCUAACCCCAGCUUUUUCUUGCACAUCAUUAAUUUGAGUGCAUUUCUCAAAUGCCCCGAUUUUUGACAAGGGGUUGUUUUUAAUGCUUGUUUUUAUAUGAGAUUUGACUUCUUGAUGGACAUUUGUAUUAGGAAAUUGAAGCAUGAUAUAUAUGUAUAUAUUGUCUCCACUGUCUCUCCUGUUGCAUUACUUGGAUUGCAUGAGAUAGUGGGGUGGUGGUUUUUUUUUAAAAAAAUAUUUCCACAGUGUGCAAAGUGCUGGCACCAUCUCCCCCCCCCCCCGCCCCCCACCGGCUUUUCUCUGGCUGCCAAGGAGUCAUUGAUUUUGAUUAGCUUCACUGCAGAGCGUCUGUGAAGAGAGAGAGAGAGAGAGGGAGGGAGGCUUUGAAAUAAAUUUUAAAAAAGACCUCAUAUCAGGUUUCAGCAGACAGCAGUGUGUGUGUGUGUGUGUGUGUGUGUGUGUGCAUGCGCGCAAAGCAGAGGGAGGCCUCUGAGAUCAUCGUUUAGGUAGCUUGCUGCAUAAUGAAGUGAGGAGCAAUCAGAAGGGCCUCCUUCUUUCUGGCUGCUCUCAGAGGGUGAGGGUCCAGGAGCCACAGGGAUUGGAAUCUCUUGGGACCUCAACAUUCCAAAUUAGAUCCAUUCCCUUCUGGAAGCUUCUCUCCCUUACCCCAGUGCCCAUGAGCAAACAAGAUCUCUUUUCCCCUUUUCAAUUUUGGGUUCCAUUUCAUAUUCCCUUGAGCACAGCUUGAGGAACAGUUUCUUUGGAGGAGCCCUGCACCUCUCUGGCUGCUGUCCGUGGUCCUGGGCUGUACGUCUCCUAGAACCCAAUUCCCAUUUUGUUCCUCUUUCACUGGGAUCCUGGAGACUUUUUUUCCACUUCUUCCAGUGAUCUCAUUUUUAAAUUCUUUUCUAUUUUGAUGAGGGGAAAAGGGUGAUUUAAACAAUACGGUCACAGUACCAUGGAGCUGUGACUUUGGUUUCACAAUUUAUAUAUCUGAUCUCAUGUACUCCUCGCUUUAUUAUCAUGUUUCUGACAGUGACAAAAUAUCACUUCCCCUUGCUUGGGAAAUUGAGGGAGUCCUCCUCUGGUGCUACACAAGUGUCUUCUGGGGACACUGGCUUGCCAUUGUGGACUUGUUGAGUGUCCACCUGGUAUUAGAAGUUGCAGUGACCAGAAUACAGGUUUUGUUCUUCCGUGUGGAUACCAAUUCCUUUUCUGAAUGUCCCCUUAAGUCCACCUGGGCCCAUCACAGGGUCAGAAGCUGGUUUGCGGGGUGAAGGGGCAGGCCUAGUCCCACAGGAGCUGAUGGAGGAAGUUGAUAUCAAAAGUGUCAUUUUGAAGUAUAAAUCGAAAGCUUAUUUUUAAAAGUUUAAUUAAUUCAUUCAGCACCUACUUAUUGAGCACCUACAAUGUUCCAGGUUGUAGAAUCUCCUCUAGGAAGAGACUUAUGUACUGAUCGUGGAGGGGUAGACCUGCUUGGAACCAGAUGAUGCUCAAUGUACCUUUCCAUUAUGGUUCACAGAUUUGUCAGGUCAACACUGUGACCCCAAGCCUUGCUGGCAGAUUAUUCUAUAGAAUUUAUAUGUACUGAGAUCUACACUAUCAUGAAGGCAAUUCAAAAGCUGACGACCCCAGCACGAAAAGGCUGGUUCUUGCUGCUUCACACAGUGAAGAAGCACUGUGCUAAGAGCUUUACAUGUUUCCCCCUUAGCUAUUCCUCACGCCCACUCUGGAAGACAGUGCUGUUAUUAUUCCCAUUUUACAGUUGAGGAAGCUGAGGCUCAGUGAGGUUAUGCAACUUGGCCAAAGUUGCACGCGAAGAGUGAAGUGGCUGAGCCGAGACGUGGACUCAGGUGUGCGUGGACCCCACCCCCACACCGGCCCCACUUCCCUCCAAGCCCCCGAGCUAAGCUUCCUGCUCCACCGGGUUCCUUCCUGAGCUGGUCCCACCGGCAUUGCUAAUUCAAGGGCAAGCACGUGCCUGGGGCCCAGCAAGGAGCAGGGGAGUCUAACUUAAGUUGCAUUCAGGGACACUCCAGGACAGCCUGGAUGGUUCAGUUGGAGAUUUUAUGUAUUUGUUCCCUGCCCUUUGUGUUCCUGACUUUUGUAAGGUCCCUGGGACAAGCAUCUCAUUUGCAAACAAGGCCUGUUUGACCUACUUCCUAGGACACGGGAAGUCUUUCUCAUCUCCUUCCUGUCCCCUCCCCCACUCGAACCCCCGUUUCCUCCCCUCAAGGUCUUCUGCACUCUAAGCGCCCAGGAACGCCUGUGCGCGGUGGAGAUGGCUGUGGGGCUGUCUGGAACCUCAGUGAACCCUCUGACUCAGCUGGAGAGGCGAUACGCUUGGGGACAUUCCGUUCUGGUUUCUACCCUUGCUGGUUUGCUGUGCUCUUUUGUAAGAGGAAUUUCAUACCUUGGAGACGCUUUGUACAUAUUUGUAAUGACUUUAUUAAAAACAAAACAAAACAAAACUGG